AUGUCUCUUGACAAUACAACUUCUAAUGAAGAUUCUGACUUGCAAUAUUUAGUUACUUUCGAAUGUGACUACCACGGCGAAUUGGUAAUCGAUCGCGAACUAGUAAGAGCUACUGAUAAUACAAUAAAUGAAGAAGAACAAGAAUAUAUAGAAGAAUCGGACGAAGCUACAAAUAUAGGA